UGUGAACUGGAGUUUGCUCUGAGGAUUAAAGGCAUGCAAUGCUCAAUUCAGAGCGUACAAUCGCUUCCUUUCCCUUCCCUUCCUUUUUGUACCAUGAACAAAACUGAGCUGCCUUUGUUCUUCACAGUAACCCUGUAAAGUAUCUUUAUCCCCAUUUCACAGCUUGUCCCAGCCCGGGGCCGUUCGCGCCUGCGCGUUGGGCACUGAGGACGCCACGGGGGUAGCUUGGCAACCUGGUCGCCUGGCAACGGCGUGCGCUUCCGGGACCACGCGCUGAGGCAGUGGUUUCUGCAGAGCUUUGUUUUGGAAGCUAGAGAGUUGCCCUCUGCAGGUGUGGAAAGAUGGCCCAUGCCCGGAUCUCCAUGUACCUGUCCCCCGACAUCAACCCCACCCAGGCUGCCAUUGCCUAUGGCUGUCGGGCCCUGCCCAAGCUGAACGAGGAGCUGCAGUCAGAGGACCUGCUGACGAGGCAGAAAGCCCUCAUGGCUCUGUGCGACCUUAUGCACGACCCUGAGCAUGUCUACGUGGCCAUUGACACAGGCUGCCUGGAGAGCCUGAAAGCUUUGCUGAAGGAUAACAAUGACAUGGUGCGGAUAAAGACCACUGAGGUGCUCUACAUCAUGGCGACCCAUAAUGUGGGCAGAGAGGGCUUUUUAGAGCACGAUGUCAUCCUUGCCUUGUCCUACCUGCUGAACGACCCUCAGUCAGCCUGCCGGAAGAACCUGCACCUGGCGUUCAAGCAUGUGGCUCAGCUACCUUCAGGAGCCCAGGGCAUUGUCAACAGUGGCCUGAUCCCCUCACUCGUGUGGAAGCUGCAGAGGGAGGAGGAAGAGAUCCAGGGGCUCCUCUUGGACACACUGGCAGCCUGCCUGAUGGAGGAUGCCACCGAGGCGCUGGGUAGCCACGUGGUGCCCUUCCUGAAGCAGAAGCUCCUUAGCACCAAUGAUGACAUUCGCAGCAAAGCUGCCCGCACACUCAUUGCGGUCAGCAUCCCUCUGGAUGGCAAGAACCAGGUGUGGCAGCAUGACGUCAUCCCCAUCCUGGUGCACCUGCUGAAGGACAAGGUGGAGGAGGUGCAGGCCAAUGCCGCUGGGGCCCUCAUGUAUGCCACGGUGACAACUCAAGGAAAGUAUGCUGCCCUGGACACAGAAGCCAUCCACCCGCUCCUGAGCCUGCUUGGCUCAUCCUUGAGCAAGGCACGGUUGAAUGCCACCAAGGCCCUCACCAUGCUGGCUGAGGCCCCCGAGGGCCGCAAGUUUCUGCAAUCUCGUGUGCCCGUCUUCCGUGUCCUGGAGGAUGACACCAGUGAGGCCGUGCGGCGGGCAGCACAGAUCGCCGUCAAAGUCAUUGAGUGGAAACCCUGAGCCUUUUACUGGGCCAGAUCUGAUAAGCUGCAUGCCUGAAUAAAUGGGCUGAAUCUCUUUA